GCGUAGGGCGUGGGCAUGCGUGACUUGUGCAAAGAAAUAGCCCGUUUCAACUCCAAACCCCUUGGCUGCUUGCCGCAAAAGGUACCAGUAAUACACCAUGGCCGACCGCGGUUCCAACACCAACAAACUCUCCUCCGGCCCUUUGUUCCCGGCCUUCCUCCUCCCCAGCCUCAGCAUCCCCUUCCGUCGGCGGCGGACCUCGUCGUCCAUAUCUUCCAGCCCCCCGCACGACUCCAGCCCCCCAUCCCUCUCCUCCUCCCUCUCCUCCUCCAGUCCCGCCUCCCCCACCAGCCCGAACAGCCCCGGCACGGCCUUCCUCGCCGACUGGGAUCUGAGCAGGUUCCUACGACCCAAGGCGCCGCCGUUGCCGACCGCUGGCCGCGACCACCGGCGCCUGUCGCGCACCCACCCAGACACCCUGCGCUGCAGCACCUGCUCCGCCGACCUCGCCUUCGGCGCCCAGGUGGUCAGCAAGGGCUUCACGGGCCGACACGGGCGCGCCUACCUCGUGUCCCCUCCCGCCGCCGCCCUCACCAUCGCCGGCCACCACCCGCCCGCCACCACCACCACCGGGGCCGAGCUCGCCAACAUCCGCAUCGGCCGCUCCGAGAGCCGCCCGCUGGCGACGGGGAUGCACGUCGUGGCGGACAUCAGCUGCGCCGUGUGCGGCGCCCGCCUGGGAUGGAAGUACGUCGACGCCCUGGAGGCGGCGCAGAAGUACAAGGUCGGCAAGUUCAUCCUCGAGACGCGGCGCGUCGUGGCCUGCCGGGACUGGGAGGACGUCGAGGAUGGGGACGGGGACGGGGACGGACCGGCUGAGGGGGUGGUGCCGGGUCGGAGGAGGAGGAGGGCAGAUUCGUUGGAGGUUGAGAUGGAGCAGGUGGGCGGGGGUGGGAGCGAGGGUGGAGAGGACGGUGAUGAUGAUGGUGGGGUCGUGGUGUUCGACUCGGAGGAUGAGCAGGAGUGCGAGGAUAUCUUCGCCGGGACGUGGGACCCUGCCGUCGUGGCCAAGAGACGACGGGGCAAGGUUGCCAACCUGAGAAAGAGGGGUGGUUUGAGGCGCCCUCUCGAGACCUAAGACGGAUGCUUGGGUACUUCAAGGCGACACCUGCCCCCUUCCCACUUUCCCCUUUUUUUUCUCUCUCUUUUCUUUUUCUCUGGGCUGGGAUUCAGACCUCUCACUUAGGCCUCGCGGCUGGCGGCCGGGGAUCAUUAUUGUCAUUCCUGAUAAUGGCAUUCAUAAUAUUGGGCGCAUCAUAUUGGGCGGACUAACAGGAAAUUGGGACACCACAAUACCCCCCUUAAAUAGGGUUCAUGUAGGCAGGUAUGGCAAUAUACUAGUAAUGAAGGCAGGCA